UCCCUCCCUCUUUCUCCGCUCUAUAUAUCUCUGUGGAUGUUCUCACUCACUCAGCAUUUGUUAAGGAGGGGCCAUUCCCACAUUUCUCAGGAAACCAGACAAUCACCGGUGUUAGUUUUGGAUUGUUUAUGAGUUCACACUUCAGUCAUCUCGGUCACACUGCCUGAACUUCUUACGGAGGACAAGUCAAUUUUUUUCUUUUUUCUCCAUCAAGCUUAAAGUGAAUGAUGGUGCGUAAAUCUCUACACGCUGCACUGAUGCUGUUCCUAAUAAGGUGGACGGGGUCCAUCCAAUGCAGCGCACUUACAGUGGAUCCUCCAGAGGAACUUGUCAUAUUUGAUCCUGGUCAUCUGGGAUGUCUUCAAAUUCAGUGGCGCUCUCCAAGCAGCUUGAACAACAUAACCGAGUGCCAAAAACGGUUUCAGCUGGAAUACUAUGACUCAUAUCAGAACCAAUGGAGCGCCAUCAGGACACCUGAGAGUACGUACAGUGUGCAAUUUGAUCUGAUGAAUGAAAUCAGAGUAAGAGUUUACACGGUACUGACUGGACCCUGCACCAAUGGCUCGGUGCUCAAGAGUACAAACUAUACUGAACUGGUCCAACAGCCUCCCAGUACAGGCAUUGCGGGUACCACAGUCCAGGGUUUUGUUUGUGUGUUCCAUAACAUGGAGUAUUUGGAGUGCAGGUGGGAUAGAAGUCCAAAUAUGCCUCUUGGUUCACAGCAAAACCUUUAUUUCUGGCACAGGGAACUGAAGCAAACUGAGGAAUGUCCCAAAUAUAUCAUGUCAAAUGGGCACAGGAUCGGCUGCAACUUUACAGGAAAAGCACUGCCUGAUUUCACGGAUAUCAACGUCUGUGUGAAUGGUUCCUCUCCUCAAGGGCCCCUGAAACCAACCUUCUUUUGUGUGCAAAUCCAAAACCAAGUGAAACCUGACAUCUCAGAAAAAGUAUGGCUGCAAAAAGGUCCUCAAUCUCAACUGGAAGUUCUUUGGGAGAGUCCUGCUGGGAGGAUUCCUGGACGCUGCCUAGAAUGGGAAGUGGAACACAAUGAAAUGGGAUCUGACAAAAACAUUCUCUUGCGUCAGACUUCAGCCAGGAAGAUGAGUCUGACUCUAAACCCUGCUGAGAUCACUGAGAGGAGCUGCUUCAGGGUUCGGUCCAGGUUGAAUAAGUAUUGUGCUGACAAAGCUUUUUGGAGCAACUGGAGUCACUGGACAUGCCACUCAGACAAUAAAGAAGUGCCUUCUGAGCCACUGGAACCUAGACCUGUCUACACACACGCUGUUGUGGCUGUAAUCCUGAUAGUGGUGUUGGUACUGUGCUUAGUGGGUUUUUUUCAAUAUGUGAGUAUGUGCAAGAAUAUCAAAGAAUUUAGAGCUAAUUUGUCAAGAGAUAAACCGGGGCUGGAUCCAGAAUCCAAAUCUGACAGAUUCACAUUUGUGAAAAAUUUCCUUAUCACUUCUGAGGAGCGAAUGAGUGGAGUCAUAACAACGCAGAGUGCAGCUGCUACAUGUAUAUAAAUAUAUAUAUCAAUCAGACACUCUGACCUUCAAUUUCAUAUUUUAUUUUAGUUUAAAAAUACGCUAACUAAAUUCCUUUUUUUUUUUCAUUUAAAGUACUUUGUGUGCAUCUCAUCCUUUUAGUUAAGGUACAAACUGUGUCUAAAGCCGAAAUAGAGAGUACUAAAAGGUAAUAGUGUAAAAUUGGAUUUUAAAUUUUUAGUGGUUUUUAAAAAUAAUUAAUAUUUUCCUGCUAAGUGGAUGUAUUGACAUUUAUUUGAAUUCAUGAUGAAGUUUAAAAAGGAGAUAAUUUGUCAUAGUUAUACAGGUUUGUACAGUUUGCCAUAAUUAAAUGUACCCAGGGCCCCGCACAUUGUACAUCAACACCCUCUUUAUUCUUCAUACCUAAAAAGCUACAUGAGCCGGGUGCUACAUAAGUAAUAUCCACAACAGGCUUGGUAACAAUAGGGUAUACACACUGAAAAAAUAAUUAGACCAACCUAAUAAAGUGCUUCAACUGGAAACUAAUGAAUUAGGUUGGCACAAAAUAACUUAAUAUUCCAACUUCUUAGUGUAAUUUGGUCAAAUUUAUUCAGACUGUGAUCAGGCUACAAAACAUACAUAAGUUUGAUUUAAAAAAAAAAUGGACACCUAUAACAAACAUUACUACACACACGUCUGUAAAAGUUAUACUUUGGGGAUGAGCGGAUUUAUGCACUCUGACGAUGCACUGUUAUAGUUCAUGUUAACUUCUUGCCGGCUCGGUUGCCAUACAUAUCAGACAACAUACUGUAUUAGCCAUAAUUUUGUGUGUGAUGUUUUUGUGCUGUGUUUUUAUUGCACAUUUCCACAUAGUGAAGUCAGAAAAACUAUAGAGCGAAAUUAAUCUCAAAAUGGUCAGAAAUCUAUUCUGGAUGAUCCUCAAACGAAUAGUAACAUAUUAAUAAAUUUUAUUCAUAUAUUAUUAUUAAUAUAAUAUGUAUUCAUACACUCAACAAAAAUAUAAACGCAACACUUUUGGUUUU